AUGCUCAGCCAAUCACGACGCACCAUCUGUAAACAUGGCGUCUGACUUCAGGUGGAAGUGUGUAGUGCUCUUGGUUCUCGCAUAUUUAUUGUGUGUUACAGCGGCAGACGGUCCAAAUAAACCCAAGAAAAAGAAGGAUAUCCGGGACUACAAUGACGCGGACAUGGCACGGCUGCUGGAGGAGUGGGAGAAGGACGAUGACAUCGAGGAGGGUGACCUGCCAGAGCACAAGAGAUCGCCACCUCCCAUUGACUUCUCCAAGGUGGACGCGUCCAAGCCCGAGGAGCUGCUGAAGAUGUCCAAAAAGGGGAGAACUCUGAUGGUGUUUGCUACCGUGUCAGGAGAUCCCACUGAGAAAGAGACGGAGGAAAUCACAGGCCUGUGGCAGGGCAGCCUCUUCAACGCCAACUAUGACAUUCAGAGGUUUGUGGUGGGCUCCAACAGAGUGAUCUUCAUGCUGCGGGAUGGCAGCCUGGCCUGGGAGGUCAAAGACUUCCUCGUGUCCCAGGAGCGAUGUGUGGACGUCACUGUGGAGGGACAGGUCUUCCCAGGCAAAGCUGCCCAGAAGGACGACAGCAAAUACAAGCAGCAGAAUGAAUCAACCACCAAGAAGAGCAAGAAGAAGGCGGAGGGCAAGAAAGCAGACUUGCAGGGGAACAGGGCCAGCCAGCUCAAGCAGGAGCUGUGAUGGGAUAACGCAGAGGGACAGGGGGAGCACAGGGCCUGUCUCCUCUGGGCCUCUCCGCUUGCAGAUCUGACUGGGAUUAGAUUGUGCCAUUGUGGUUGAGCUCGGCUUCAUCUGACUCGACCACAUCUGCCAGCAUUAACCUCCUGAGGGGCUGCAGGACACACGAGGAGGCGGCGGUUCAAGCCAGCGUUGUGAAUGAACUGAGUAAAUGCUGUUGAAGCCUGGCAUUGUAUGUCUGCAGCCGACAGUGUCUUUCACACACCUCAUUCAUAUUUGAUGGUCAACAUGUUGCAGUGUAAACUACACUGCUUACUCUUUUGAAAUCUUCCAGGCUGUGUCACAAGGUGGUUAACUUAUCACUUGUAAGGCUGGCACUGUCAGCUUUCUUUUUUGUCAUCCCAUUAUAACUAGGGAUCGACUGAUGUUGAGUUUUCAGGGCCGAUACCCACACCGAUUAUUAGCAAUCCAGGACACAGAUAUUUAGGGCUGUUAUUCAUUUGUAGUAAAUAUGAAAAUUGCAUAGAAAGACCAUGGAAAUUUAAAAAAUUGCAAUACAGUUAUGUUUAAUAUGAUUCAAAUGAUAUAUUUAAAGGUCAGAUCAGUGAUGCUGGAUCAGAUUUGUGUUUGCUUUUCAUCGAAUUUCAGUCCCCAUAAAACUGAAAUGAAAACUGUAACCCUUCUGUCCUUAAGGCAGGUCAGUAGGGGCAACAUGCUGCAACUUGAGGCUUUUCUGCUGUCUUUCAAAUGGAGAGGGGCAGUCUGAAUGCUUUUCAUAUCGGCGACCAUGUAAUUGAAAAUUCCAGUACUGAUUAUUGAAAAAUUUUGAGUUUUGGCCCCGAUAAUCGCCCGGUACUGAUGAUUGGUCAAUCCCUGAUUAUAAGCCAAUGCAAAUGAAUCAUGCCCAGUUUAUUUGAAAGGUGUUCAGAGCACUGUAAACAAUGUACGUGUUUUUUGUUGUCAUAAUCAUUAUUUUGUGCCAGGAGGCUUGUUCAGUGUUGGAAAGUGUUUUCUUGGUACAAACAGCAGUAGGGUGAUUCUGUAGACCUUUGUUCUGGAUUCGACUGUUCAUGUCCAGCGGUACAAGACAAGUAGCAUUCACUCUUUCUGUUUGAUUUUUCACUGAAUGAGAAAAUAAACAUUUUGAUAUAA